GGGGGCGCUAUAUUUCAAGCGGGUACUGCACAUUGACACGCCGUAGAAGAAGACUUAGUAUUGUAAACACAAGGAUAUGGCUGACGAGAGGGGUGGAGGGGAAGACAACGCCAACGACAACAUGGGGAACCAGUUACAGCUCUUACCAGACAAUGAGGAGGAGGAAGAGGAGGAUGACAUGGAGACCGAAGAUCGAGACAGUGAGGAGGCAGAAAAGCCCAACAUCAUCACCUUUGACCCCAGUCUUCCCACAUCACAUUCAUACCUGGGUUCAGACAUGGAGGAGUUUCAUGGCCGUACGGUCCACGAUGACGACAGCUGUCAGACCAUUCCCGUGCUGCCACAUACAGCUGUGAUGCUGGUGCCGGGCCAGACGCUGCCUCUGCAGCUCUUCAGGCCGCAGGAGGUCAGCAUGAUGAGGAGCGUCAUCCAGAGAGACCGCACUUUUGCUGUGCUCGCACACAGCGAUACAGGUGAGCCGGAUGCAGAGUUUGGAACUACGGCUGAAAUCUAUGCAUACAGAGAGGAGCAGGAGUAUGGCAUUGAAACAGUCAAAGUGAAGGCUAUAGGGAGGCAGCGAUUUAAGGUCCACGAGAUAAGAACUCAAGCAGAUGGGAUCAAACAGGCUAAAGUGCAGAUCCUUCCAGAACGAAUCCUUCCAGACCCCCUCUCCGCUGUGCAGCUAACGCCUCUGUCCAGGCUCCACAUGCACCCUUCUUCCAAACCUCCAAGUCAGAGCUGCAAACAGGCUCAGUGCUGGUGGAAUAACUACAAACAGAGAAAGUUUCACUGUGCCAGUCUGACGCCAUGGCCACCCUGGGUCUACGCACUCUAUGAUUCAGAGUCGCUCAUGAACAGGGUGAAGAAACAGCUUCACGAAUGGGAUGAGAAUCUGAAGGAUGAUUCCCUCCCGGCGAAUGCAGUAGAUUUCUCCUACAGAGUAGCAGCCUGUCUGCCCAUAGAUGAUGCUCUGCGGCUCCAGCUAUUAAAGAUUGGCAGCGCCAUCCAGAGACUUCGCUGUGAGCUAGACAUUAUGGAUCGGUGCACGUCGCUGUGCUGUAAACAGUGCCAAGACACGGAAAUCACCACAAAAAAUGAGAUCUUCAGCCUGUCCUUGUACGGCCCCAUGGCUGCGUACGUCAACCCUCACGGUUACGUUCACGAAACGCUGACUGUCUACAAAGCCAACAACCUUAACCUGGUUGGAAGGCCAUCUACGCUGCACAGCUGGUUUCCAGGGUACGCCUGGACGAUUGCUCAGUGUCGAACCUGCGGAUCCCACAUGGGUUGGAAGUUCACAGCCACCAAGAAGGACUUGUCUCCACCUCGUUUCUGGGGUCUGACCCGUUCAGCUAUGCUCCCCCGUAUCCCACAGGGUGAAGGGGAGGAGGGCAGAGAGGGAUCUCGCCUCUUCUGUCUGUGAUACCAGACCAUCUAUUUGCCUCAUUCAGAAAAUUCCUGCAAACUUCCCACAGUCUGCAUCUUUAACCACUGUCUGGCUGCAGUUACUUCAAUCACAAUGCCUGUCACCCCUGGCAACAAAUUCAGCAUAUUAGCAGAACGGUCAUUCGGCCUUCAAAUGGCACUUUUUAAGUGCAUAUUUGAACAGGCUGGAUGUAAUUAUUAUUCUAAAAGCUUCUUAAAAUGCGGAGGCAGUGUCGAGGUUGAAAGCAGUCGGUUAGAGUGAGAGUCAAACUGAGACUUGCAGAAUAGACCAUGAUAUGUGGUUAAGAUCCCAGCAUGCAGCUGCCUGAUCUGCACCUCUUUCCAGCUGUUUUCCAAAUAGAAAAACACACAGACCCACAGGGGGACGCUGAAUGCAUAAUACUCUUUACCUUCACCUCCUCUCCUCUGUCUUAGCUGGCUGCAUGCAGCUAACAUUGAGACGUCGUCGGCAAGCUGCGAUGGCCACUUUAAGCUGUUGUAAAAUCCACACACAGUAAUUUAAUAGUCUAGCAUUCAGAUCCUUUGUGAGUUUCUCAGAUAGGAUUUCUAAUAUUAUUAUCAGCUGCAAGAGACCGGUGGAGGAAACUGUUUGAAAGAGAGUGCACUCAUGUAUGUGUAGAUCUGUCACGAUAGGAGAUAUUUUGAAUUUUGGAAUUACAGCGGAUGUAUUUUUGUAUGCAAGAAGGUUGGAAAUUAAUUUAACAUAUUCAUUGAUGUUUGGUGAAACUGCAAUUUGUUAUCACAGUGGAUUUGUUUUGUUCGAAACAAAAGAAACUGAAGUGACAAUAAUGAUAUUGUGUAAUAUAUCUGAUAUAAUCUGUGUCUGUUUUGUAUCACUAGAGACUCAAUAUCCCAUCUGGAGACAAGCAUCAGCUUUGGUUGCACGAGUGAAAAUUAGAGAUGCAUUGGUGCCUUGCGACAGACUGUUUAUCAAAGAUCAAAGCCCACUGAGAUAGAGCAAGAGGAGCAUUUACCCUCUUUUAGCUUGUUCACGCGUGGUAUGUUAAAAUGGUGUGCCUACGCUCCAGCUCGGCGUCUUUUGAAGGAAUCGGAUUCAGAAAGGCAAAGCGAUGAUAAGAUUUAAGAGUUAUUAUUAUUAUUAUUAUUAUUUUAAUAUUCUCUUGGGUUUGUAGGGUGACAGUUUUCGGGAUUUUACUUCUUGUGAUUCUGUUGCAAGGGUACUGGCUCACGUCUGUAUUUAUGUAACUGUAAAACUGAGGCAGUAUUUGUUGUUUAUAUGGCUGUCGACCGACUGUUUGUAGAAUCUAAUUUAUGUUUUGGUUUGCGAAACUCUUUUGCUGAUUCUUUGUUAGGAAAUUAUCUUUUUAUGAGUAAGCUGAGCAACACUUACUCUGAUGUCUGAUGACAUGUUUUUGGAUACAGCACAUAUUUUGAGGAUAAACGCAUCUUUUUCUCCACUUUUUCUGCUGAGAGAGGAAAACAUUGUUCAUGUCUGUAGGAUCAUAUUAAAGUGGCAAUAAAUACAUUUAAACUUUACCCCCCUACCCUUCCAGCAAUGCUGCAAAAACCGCAACACUUUCUGUUUAAAAAAAACAAAAAAACAAAACAGCCUGGUUUAUCACCACCCCUGUUUCUUUCUACCCUUGAUUGUUACUCUGGUUAUUCUGCAGUCUUCCAUUAUCGCUGCCUGGUGUAAGCUAUAGUAGUAUGCACGUCUACUCAACCAGUCAUUUAUAUGUUGCUGCUCUUGCUAGUUAGCACCAGACCAUUACCUGUGUCACUUGCAAGGUGGAAACCAGCCCAGUUCUGCAGUAAAGUAAAGUAAGUAAGGGCCCAGUCACACAGGUCUAGAGACUGGUUUGCAACCAUCUAGCAACCACCAGUUACGAGGGAAAAAUGAGCAUUUCCUGACUGAUUGAGAGCGGUUGCUGGAGGUUAAUGGCAGCUGCUGGGGAAAUGGUUGCUAAAGAUCCAGUUGUGCAGGUCUAUAGCCUAUUCAGUAACCCCAUGGCAACCAGCGGGCACCAGGAGAAAAACUGCCAACUAGUUGACCAAAAUCUCCUUGUGAUUGCUUUGGUUGCUAGCAUAUUGCUGUGGUCGUAGUUUGAAUUGAAGUGUGUGAGUGUGGCACAGACAGGAAAUGGAGAAAGUUCACCUUCACAGCAAAAGUUGUGUCUCAGCUCUGCAGCUAAUUUAUUCAAAAGACACAAUUUUUCUUCAAGUUUUCUUCAAACAUGAAAACCACAUGCAACACCUGUGGGUUUUGGUGAAACAUCAUGUUUGCUAACGAUUUCAUCCAGUGAGAGCCAGAGAUCUCCACGAACUGCUGCCAAACAUUCGAGGAACAUUUAAAUAUCCUAUUUAAAUUUGACUACACCUACCGUCAAAUGAUGUGCAAAUGAUCCAAACAGGUCUUCCAGAAAGCCGUCAUGAGACAGCAGCUGCACAGGAACGGGAGAAGUCCUUCAAGGGACAGAAGGGGCUUGGCCAUGUUUAAAUCAAGUAUACUUUUUGCUCUUUCAGGAUGGAGUCAUAGAAUUUUUAUGAUUGGAGCCUCUGAUAGAUAGACUGUAAUAGCUACUUUCAGCUGCUGCAUCAGUCAAAGGGGGCCACCACAUAUUUGACUUACAGUUGUUACCCUUCCUUAUGCAACCCCAAAGGGAUAUGUUUCUCCUCCUGGGAUUUAACCAGGGAUUGUUUGCUUGUCAGGCAAAUGUGUAAACAACUACAUUAUGUAAUCCACAUUUUCUUGAGGAUUUAAAGUAAUUAUUGCCACUUUAAACCAGAUCCACCGCCUGGUUAGUUUAACAGAAAGCUGGAGGAAACUGCUUGUAUGUGACAGUAAUUUAACUCAAAAAUUGAAAAGCAAGAUUAGUGGUUCAAUCAGGCAGAGGCACAUAAUAUUACUACUUAACUAUUAAACUUUAAAGAAAGGAGAUGAUGGUACAAAGUUUUGGGGGUUUUUUUGCCUUAGGACAGAGGCACAUUAGUUGUUUUCACUGGUUUCCAGUCUUUAUGCUAACCUAACCAGCAGCUGGUUCUGGGCUUUCUUCUAACAGACAUGUCAUAUUUCUCUCAGCAUUAAAAAAACAAGCCCAUUUCCAAAAAUAAUCUAUUUCUCUAAAGGGGAGCAACUUAGAAUUUAAAAUUUCUUCCUUGUUAUUCUUACUGCUGAAACAUGAUGUCUAAGUGUACAGAGUUGUAUCGAUACUUGGUGGGGAAAUAUCUUUGUUAUUUAAUAGUUUGGUGAUUGGAUUACAUCUAGACAAACUUCAUAUUAUUGCUGUUCCCUCAAAAAUCUGAAAAUGUGAGCUUCCGAAUAUUUAUUUUUUAAGCUUUUACUCAUAAUCUUCAUGUUUCAUAUCAAAACACUUUGUUUUAGUCGAGCAGACGUAUCCGCUUUGAGAGGAAAUUUAAAUGACUGUCUUGUGAUCUGUUGAUGAUAUUCUCCAUCGUAUCACUGAUUUGAGUGUUUGCCAUGCAGUCUGAUUUACACUCACAUAUUAAAAACUAUAACCUGGAUGCUUCACUGGAUAAAUCAUCUGUUUGCAAAAGCCUUUGCUCGUUUCACGAAGCCAUUCGUUGUACCACAAAUUUAAAUAAACACGCAGGUUCCAAGCA